AAAUUGAAAAAAUUCAGAAGGGUGAAACAACAAAGAAGGAUGAGGAAGAGAACUACCUGGAUUUAUUUUCCCACAAGAAUAUGAAACUGAAAGAACGAGUUCUGAUACCUGUCAAACAGUACCCCAAGUUCAACUUUGUUGGAAAGAUUUUGGGACCUCAAGGCAACACCAUCAAGAGACUUCAGGAAGAAACUGGUGCUAAGAUAUCUGUGCUUGGGAAGGGUUCAAUGCGAGAUAAAGCAAAGGAGGAAGAACUGCGUAAAGGGGGAGAUCCUAAAUAUGCCCAUCUAAAUAUGGAUUUGCAUGUCUUCAUUGAAGUUUUUGGACCCCCUUGUGAAGCAUAUGCUCUGAUGGCUCAUGCCAUGGAAGAAGUCAAGAAGUUCCUUGUUCCAGAUAUGAUGGAUGAUAUCUGUCAGGAGCAAUUCUUGGAGCUCUCCUAUCUGAACGGUGUACCAGAGCCAACUCGUGGCCGAGGAGUCCCUGUGCGGGGAAGGGGAGCAGCUCCACCGCCGCCUCCACCUGUUCCAAGGGGGCGUGGAGUCGGUCCUCCCCCUCCUCCUCCUCGGGGGGCCCUUGUGCGAGGAGCCCCGGUGCGGGGUGCCAUUGCCAGGGGAGCUGCCGUAGCCCGCGGAGUGCCUCCUCCCCCAGCAGUACGGGGUGCUCCCGCACCCAGAGCACGUGCAGCCGGCAUUCAGAGAAUACCGCUUCCUCCUCCUCCUGCACCAGAAACCUAUGAGGAAUAUGGCUAUGAUGAUGCAUAUGCAGACCAGAGCUAUGAGGGGUAUGAAGGCUACUACAGCCAGGGCCAAGGGGACACAGAAUACUAUGAUUAUGGACACGGGGAGGCACAGGAAACCUAUGAAGCUUAUGGUAUGUCUGGGAAUACUGUUCUGUUGACAGGGAAGGGGCUGCACAUA